AUGUCCAACCUCGAGCAGGGCGACUCAGCCCUCCAGCAGGGUGUGCGGUUCGCCUCGCAUAACGAGGAGAUCGAGCCCGACCACACGCUCCAGCAGGUCGAGACGAUGACGGGAACGGAAAGGCCAAGAGGAGACCUUGGCCCGGAAGCACAAGAGGAGCUCCGCAACCUCGCCUCGACGCUGCAGCACUCGCGUCUCCAGUCAAAGAGGCUGGAGAACUUCUCUUAUGAACCUGUGUCGUUGCCGGCUUCCAGAGCGCCCUCUCCCUCGUCGGGUUCGCGAACGCCCAUGGCAUUUUCUGGCGCUCCGUCGCCCAGACCUUCUCCGCCGACUUCCACGAUGCACUCUCCUCCACUCACCCCCGCCGCCACCCAAUCCAGGGACAGCAAGCAGAGCUCGGCGCCUGCGAGCCGGCUCUCGCAGGACUCGACCAUCAUGACCCCCGAAGUGUCUCCACCCCACGAUACUCCCCCCACGUCGCUGUCGGCUUCCGAAGAGGAGAGGAAAAAGCUGCCGCACAUAACUGUCCCCGCCGCGCCGCACGCCAAGCGUGGCUCCGACGCUGCCGGUGUCACCAGUCAUCCCCGCGAUCCUCCCAGAUUCAUAGUUGGACCCUCCGGCGACUCUUUGCCUGGCUCAAAGGAUGUGAGCCCCUCUGCUUCUGGCACAAGUACUCCUGGAGACGCCGGGACUGGCCCUAGCACCCCUGCCCCGCUAUCGCCAUACAUGCGCCCGACGUUGUCGCCAAGAGGCGAAAUCGACGAUCCUUACUCGCGCUCCAAGCGCGCGCCGCAGCCCCGCGACAGGUCCUCGCUGGAUCCCCGGUUUAUAUUUGGACGUGACCGCGAGGCCAAAACCAAGUCUGUCACCGCGCCACUCCCCCGCUCCAGAGGCAACGGAUCGGAAAAGGAAAGCAAACGCCAUACCCUCUUCCACCACAAUCACCACCAUAAGAAGCAUGACAAGCACGAGCACGAUGACCAUCGUGAAGAAUUUGGUGAUCAGCUGAAAGAAAAGCACGGAUCAAUGUCGGAGCUAAAGAGGUUCUUCAAGAUUGGGGGCCACAAGCGGGACAAGAGCAAGAGCAGGCCCGUGUCUCCAUCGGAAUCCACCGGCGUCCUGUCGGCAAAGAACAGCAAAUCCGGAACGCGUACUCCUCCUUCCAGAAGUGCCACUGUCGCAAUACCAUUCGCUGAUGAUCAUGGACUUGAAGCCAGGUAUGGAAAGUUUGGAAAGGUACUCGGCUCGGGUGCAGGAGGCUCUGUUCGCAUUAUAAAGAGAGCGAGCGACAACACGGUGUUUGCCGUGAAACAGUUCCGUGCCAAGCACUCGUACGAGAGCGAGAAGGAAUACACGAAAAAGCUCACGGGCGAGUUCUGUAUUGGCUCCACGUUGCAUCACGGCAACAUCAUUGAGACCAUGGACCUGGUCCAAGAGAAGAGUAAUUGGUAUGUCGUGAUGGAAUACGCGCCGUACGAUCUCUUUGCGAUCGUCAUGACGGGCAAGAUGAGCAGAGAAGAGGUCGCUUGCUGUACUCUCCAGAUCCUAAACGGAGUUUCGUACCUGCACAGCAUGGGGUUGGCACAUCGGGAUCUGAAGUUGGACAAUGUGGUUGUCAAUGAGCACGGCAUCAUGAAGAUCAUCGAUUUUGGCAGCGCCGCUGUCUACAGAUAUCCCUUCGAGAACGACAUUGUUCUGGCUAGUGGCAUUGUUGGCUCCGACCCAUACCUUGCGCCAGAGGUCUAUGACUUGCAAAAGUACGACCCGCAACCUACCGAUAUCUGGUCCAUUGCUAUCAUCUUCUGCUGUAUGACUCUGCGUCGAUUCCCUUGGAAAGCACCGCGUACAUCGGACAAUUCUUUCAAGCUCUUUGUCUCUCCGCCAAACACCAACGAUUGGCCGCAGCACACGUCAAGAAAAUCAUCAGAAAUCCAUGGACCCUCUCACAGCACGCUCGAUGUGAAGGAGCAUGGUCACGACCAUUCCAGACGUGCUAUUGAAAGUGCGCCGGCAAGCAGGAUGCCCAGCCAGGUCGAUCCCAAAGACACCAGCCAAAACAACAACCAUGCCAACGGUGACACCCCGAACGAACGGCCCACGACAGCUGGGGGGAGUGCACAGAAUGCACCGCCGUCGAGGAACAGCAAGGACACGUCGACGGCACCGCAAGCACAGCAGACGAUCAAGGGCCCGUGGCGCCUACUGCGCCUGCUCCCCCGUGAGAGCCGCCACAUAAUCGGACGCAUGCUGGAGACCGACCCAAAGAAGCGGGCGACGCUGGAGGAGAUCAUGGAGGAUAAGUGGGUCAAGGGGACUCCAGUGUGCCAGCAGCUCGAGGGCGGCAAAAUCGUCAACGCAGACAACCACACGCACACACUCGAGCCGGGCAGCGCGACGGCGAUUGCGGCGCAGGGGGCCCCGAGCAACAAGAAGUGA